AUGCCAACAAACCCGUUCAAGGAAUUCAUGCGUCUGAUUCCAGCAAGUGCCGGGCUUCUUCAUACCAUAAUUUCGGUUGCCGCUUUGCACAAAGCCCAACGACAACAUACAUUACCUGACAUCGACUCCUCUAUUACUCCUCAACAAAAGUUCUUGACAGUAUCUGCACCUAUUCCCGAGUUCUACGAUGCAUUAUUAUACAAACAGCAAGCAUUGUACCACCUCCGAAAGGAAUUCUUGGACCCCAAUGUCUGCAAUCACGACGGAGCAAUUGCUUCUAUGUUAGUGUUUAUCUGGCUUGAGCUCAUGGAUUCUGGACGAGAUUCAUGGAAAUAUCACCUAACUGCUCUGAGGGGAAUUGUUCAAGCAGCCCUUGUCCCAACAGCAAACAGCGAUGCAGGCUUCACGUCUACAUAUUGGAGCGGCUGUGAGUAUUUUGAAAUGAUUUUCGCCAAUUACGAAAUUCUGGGCUCAACAUUCGUCAAGCCUUCACAGCCAUAUCAGCCAUUAUUCACCACAAUGUCAACGAUGGAUAUCUUGAAGCUCUGUGAGUCCCAGACAUGGGUUGGCUGUCCCGCAGAGCUUCUCCACUUGAUAUCACUGGUCAACACCAUUCCUGAAAGUGACGAGCACUGCAUUACGUUGAAGUCAUAUGUCGCUUCCCAACUACGGAGUUUCUCGCCUCAUAGAUGGUCAAUUGCAAACUCCAAUAUUUCGCAUAUGAUGCCCCGGUUUCACUUUGCCUGUGUCUAUAAAGAGGCUAUUGCUAUCUAUGUUUCUCAAGUUACGGCUAGGUGGACUGCAGAGCAAUUUUCCGCGGUUUAUGUGAAGACUCUGCUUGAUUCAACUAUUCAACAUCUUUGCUCUAUCAAUCCCGGGGAUCCCUUCUUCAAAGCGCUGGUGUGGCCUGCCUUUGUCAUUGGUGCCGAGGCCAGGAAUGAAGACCAAAGAAAAGCCAUCUUGGAGGUUACUGGGCAUUUGUGGACAGCCUGGAGAGCUGGCAAUGUGCGAAAUGCAGUACAUGUGUUGAAAGAAAUCUGGGCGCGGGGAGAUCGUGAGAAUUGGUCCACGCCGUGGAUAGAAUACCUAUAUGAAUGGGGCGAGGAUUGGAUGUUUGUUUAA